CAGAGAAGAUGACCCUCUUUGUAACCCUGGGGCUCCUGACGGCAGGGAUCUUCCCUGCUGUUCUCUGCCAACAAGAUGGCACAUUGGGAAGUAACACUGAAGUUCAGGGAGAUCAAAACAAUGGGACACAAGUGGACAGUCUAACCCUGGCCACCAUCAACACCGACUUUGCCUUCAGCCUCUACAAGGAGCUGGUUUUGAAGAAUCCAGAUAAAAACAUUGUUUUCUCCCCAUUCAGCAUCUCAUUUGCCUUGGCCUUCCUGUCCCUUGGAGCAAGCAGCAACACCCUGGAAGAGAUUCUGGAAGGUCUCAAGUUCAAUCUCACAGAGACCCCUGAGGCAGACAUCCACAGGGGCUUUGGCCACCUCCUCCACAUGCUCAGCCAGCCAGGGGACCAGGUGCAGAUCAGCACAGGCAGUGCCAUGUUUGUUGAAAAGAACCUGCAGAUCCUGGCAGAGUUCAAGGAGAAAGCAAAGGCCCUGUACCAAGCUGAGGCCAUCACAGUCAACUUCCAGCAGCCUCAUGAGGCCAAAAAUCUCAUCAAUGACUAUGUGAGCAAACACACCCAGGGGAAGAUCAAGGACCUGAUCUCAGACCUGGAUGAUCAGACGUUAAUGGUGCUGGUGAAUUACAUCUAUUUUAAAGGAAAAUGGGACACUCUCUUUGACCCUCAAGAUACUGUCAAGUCGGAGUUCCACUUGAACAAGAAGAGGACUGUGAAGGUGCCCAUGAUGAGCAUUGAGGACCUGACCACACCCUACUUCUGGGAUGAGGAGCUGUCCUGCUCAGUGGUGGAGCUGAAGUACACAGGCAAUGCCAGUGCCCUGUUCAUCCUCCCUGAUGAGGGCAGCAUGCAGAAGGUGGAAGCCAGCUUACAGCCAGAGACCCUGAGGAGAUGGAAGGACUCUCUGGAGCCCAGGAUGAUCGAUGAGCUCUACCUGCCCAAGUUCUCCAUCUCCACUGACUACAGCCUGGAGGGCAUCCUUCCACAGCUGGGCAUCAGGGAAGUCUUCUCCACACAGGCUGACCUGUCUGGGAUCACAGGGGCCAAGGACCUGAGAGUCUCUCAGGUGGUCCACAAGGCUGUGCUGGAAGUGGCUGAGGCAGGCACAGAGGCAGCUGCCGCCACAGGAUUCAAAUUCGUCUUAUUGUCUCAAAAAGUGAACCCCUUAAUUGUGAGUUUUAGCAGGCCAUUCUUCAUGAUUCUCCUCGACACAAAUACCCAGUCUCUUCUCUUUUUGGCCAAGAUCACGAACCCCAAAUGAGCCUAGAAUAUCUCAAAUGUUGAGGCUU